AUGGCUUCUCUCCUCGAUUGCGCAGCCAUCUCGUGGGCUGCAUACACCGGCCUCGCGGGAAUAAACAGAGAGCUGCCUGACUCGUGCAGAGACCUACUGCUCGGUUACGAGAUCCGGGAUGUGGCGGAGGGUGUCGUGAUGGCGAAGAGGGGCAAGAGCGUCGUCCUCGCAUUCAGGGGCACCGUGAGCUGGAGAGACAUCGGAAGCGACCUCGAGCUAUGGAGGAGGGAGCCCUUCGAGGCCCAGCUCUGCGCUCUGCACGUGGCGAGUGCGCUCGACAUCAAGGACGUCCGUUGCGUGACCUUUGGUUCGCCAGGAGUGGGCAACGCAGCCUUCGUAUCGGCCUUCUCUUCGGUGGUAAAGGAAAGCGUGAGGGUCGCCCACGUGCUCGAUCCUAUACCCAAGAUCCUGCCUGCUGCUUAUUUCGUGCAGACGCCCGAGCUUCAAUCGGUGAAGGGGGAAGCCACGGUGAGCAGAGUGGCGAGCUCUGGCUUUUUGAGUCAACUAUGGGGUAAGUUGCUACAGCUCGUGGAGGGGGACAUGCGCUACCACAGGCUGGCCACGUACAUCGCGUGUCUGCGUGAAGAAUCGGCUACCGAACGUGCACCUCAGGAUGUAAAGUCUGACGAGACCGAAGAAGAAUACCACGCAGAUUCGACGGGCAUGCCGGAAGGCUCUCCGACGGACGCUUGA